AUGACGGAGAUGGAAGUUGACGAUAUCAGCCAAGCGAGUGCCAACAAGAAAAGAUUUGAGAUAAAGAAAUGGUACGCAGUCGCACUAUGGGCUUGGGAUAUCGUUGUCGAUAACUGUGCUAUUUGCCGGAAUCACAUUAUGGAUUUAUCAUGCAUUUCACUUUCAUUGCAUCUCUCGCUGGCUGAAGACCAGACAAGUCUGUCCUCUAGACAAUCGAGAGUGGGAAUUCCAGAAGUACGGACAUUGAUCAAGGAUAAAUGGUAG